GCAGCAGUGGAAAAACGGAGGUGAAAGUUCGUAUUCGAACGACCGACGUGCUGUUGAAAUCACAAGACGUGAGAAAGAAACAUGGAUGAAAAUGAGGAUUUUACCUUUUCUCUACAAGGCAGCAAGGCCACUUAUGUCCUCAGCAAUGUCGCCGAGGUGGUUGAACGUAUACUGACUUUCUUACCAACCAAAUCGCUACUCCGGAUUGCAAGUGUGUGCAGGCUGUGGAGGAACUGUGCUCGCAGAGUGCUGCGGACUCAGCAGCAUCUGACCUGGGUGUCUGCAUGUGGACCGUCCAACUCUGAUGUACAUGCGCUGUGCAGCAUCCUGACUGAGGAGGUGGAGAAAGUAUUUCUCCUGCCUAAAAUGGUUCUGGUGAUGGUAGACUGUGAGGCUUUCACGGGACAAGCUUAUUGCUACAGACAGAGUAAAGCAAAAAAGAGUCGCCACAGUCCAGACACAGUUGAAGAACUGAAACUGCUCUUCCCCAGAGGUUGUGACAUCAUGGGUGUUGCUACACCAGGGAUAGUCCUGACGCCCAGUGGCUCUUAUUCCAGCCCACCUCAGGAGUACCAGGAAGGAGAGGCAGGCUUUGCAAUCAUGUUCCCAAGCAUGGAGGGUGUCCACAUUAAGCCCUUUCACUUUUGUAAGAAGUCCAUGUCUCCAAGUGCACUGAAAGAAGCAGGGCUAGUUGACAACCCAGAGCUGCGUGUGGUACUGUUGUUUGUCUAUGAAGCAUAUAAACCAGGAGGGGCACGUUUCCUCAAUCAGAUGCUGGAGCUCCUCGGCAAAAGCAAAGCUCUUGUUGCUGGAGGACUGGUAGAAAGUGUCCUCUCUCCUCCCAGACACUGCUGUAGCCAGGGUUCAUACGGUGUGGUGGGUCUGGCCCUGAGUGGUCCAAAGGUGCAGGGAGCGUCUGUGCUCUUAGAUCAAGACGUCAGCAAUCCGAAGGCAGCUGAAGCCACUGUGCGGCGGUUAAAGGCUGCUAAGCUUCCAGAGAGAAACACCCUUGGGUUCAUGUUUGCCUGCGUGGGGAGAGGCCAGAACUUCUACAACAACCAGACCAAUGUAGAGGCCGACGCUUUCCGCAAGGUGUUCCCUAACACUCCGCUCUUCGGCCUGUUUGGCAACGGAGAGAUCGGGUGCGACCGGAUCAUCAAAGAUGACUACACGCUGUGCGACGCCGACACCGACAGCCUACAGCACGAGUACACCACGGUCAUGACCCUGGUCCAUCUAGGUUAACGGAUCAACCUGCAAAAACAUUGGACAAACAGUAAGAGUGAUGACCAGUCACGCUCCUGUUUGCAACAGCAGUCGGGAACAAACAUACAUUCACAUACUCAUUAGUCACAUUGUGGUUCAGAGAAUCUCUCCAUUUCCUGCUGAUACAGCAGCAAAUGAAUCCUUAAGCUAUUCAUGCGUUGGCGUCUUUUGGGGAAUUACAGUAUGUUCCUCGGAGACUGUGUAUGAAUACAGCCUCAUUUUAAAAGUAGUUUCACAAAUUGACCCUAAAAAGACAAACUGAUCAUCGUUAACAUUCAGCUGCAAUAUACUGUAGCACCCUUGUAAUAUAUAUAUACUGUAUAUAUAUAUAUAUAAGUGAAUAUAUUCUUCUUCAGAUUGUGCACAGUGAUGGCAUAUCUUUCUCACCCUCUGAUAUGAACCUGAUAGUUUGUUUCUGCUUUGCAAGUGAGUAAAUUAUACACACUUGAGUAUCCUAAGCUCUUGUUAUAGUUGAUGAUUCAACAAAAGCACUUAUUAUAUGUGAGUAGGCCUGUGGUUCUUCUUUCACAGAAUCAAGGUGAUCUUGAUUUGAAUGUUCUUCCUCCUCCUCAAGGUUUUACACUUGAGGUUUUUACACUUGUCUUAUCAACUGGAAUAUCAAACUGUAUUUGCCUACAAAUACAAACAAAAGUAAGAUACCUACUGACUGUGGUUCAGUUUGGCACUGUCUUAUGGUGCUUCUAGUACAUGUCAGGUCAUAUUUAUGACUUACUGUCAUGUACCUGUGAGACUUACUGGUCACCUCUAACCCAUUUUGAAUCAUGUUGGUGCUUAAUGUACAACCAGUUCCUCACAUUUACAUCAGAAAAGUCUGGCAUUUCCACAGAAUUUAUUUGUUGGAAGUUGCAACCAUAAACAUCAGUAGCUACGGCAAGAAAUUAUCAACAUGAGCGGCAGCAGUAGCAGCAGCAAAAAGCUUUCCUCGAUUAUGCCUUGGUAAAUUUUAGUAAGAAAGGUAAAGGUAAAAAUUGUAAGGGCCUUAAUGUUCGGUUGACACCUUAGUCUUUCCAAACUGCACAUUUAGAGAAACCUGACCGAAUGAGUCUGUCAACUGUAAGUAACACUGGAUGGACCCAGUUACUGAUCUUCUACUCUGACUAACAGAGACGAGUGUUAGUCGUUGGAAUUGAAUUGUUAAAUGUUAUGGACUUCUAUUAUUUGCUUUUCUUCACUUAAGUCGUAAAUAAUACAGGUAAUUUUUGAAAUAUAGAAACAAUACAAGUUUCACAUUUGAAAAAGCUUCUACCCCUUAUACAGUGGAGUACUAUCACUGUUUACAUGCUGCUCAUUUCACUAACAUUUUUUCCCCACUCAGACGUAAGUUGAGGUGAUAAGGUACAGUUUCUAGUUUAUGUUAUGUAUGUCUUUGUCAGGUAGUUGUCGUUUAAGUUGGAAAACAACUUAAGUUUAGAGUUUCUGUCCAAGCUGCAACAGUGAUUAUUGUAAAAUCAACGUUUUCAGCAAAUAUUUCCUACCUUUUACUUUGUGUUAUUGGAAGUCGACAGGCAAGCGUAGCUUCUUUGCGUCAUAAAUGUAUACAUCUGCAACAAUACAGGAUAUUGAAAUUCUUUUUUAGUUAGUUUGGACUAACUUAAAAUAAAUUAAACAGUUUAUUUUCCAUGUGCCAAAUCAUAUCUGUUUUGCUCACUUUACUUAAAUAAAAUAAAGGCGUUAAGUACA